AUGGAUUCCUUGUUUUGGCCAUCAGAAAGUAACAGCUUUCGACGUUUCACCCCUGAGUCUUUGGCAACAAUCGAGGAAAGAAUUGCUAAGAAAAAAAAGCAGCAAGCCAAAGUUAACCAGAAGAAUAAGGACCAAGGAGUUGAAGAAGAUAAACUUACUCCUCAGCUUGAUCUGAAAACUUGCAAAAAACUGCCAUCUCUGUAUGGGGAUCUUCCUGUGGAGCUCAUUGGGGAACCCCUGGAAGAUUUUGAUCCAUACUACAGUGAUCACAAGACUUUUAUGGUGAUAAAUAAAAGGAGGACUAUUUUCCGGUUUACUGCCACGCCUGCCUUGUGUAUAUUUGGUCCUUUCAAUCCAGUCAGAAAAGCAGCAAUUAAAAUACUGAUCCAUUCAUUAUUUGUUGGCUUUAUUACAUGUACUGUGGUACUCAAUUGUGCUUCCAUGGCUGUAACUAAACUUCCAGAAGCACUCGGCUGGACUGAACAUCUUUUUACUGGCAUAUAUACUGGUGAAAUAUUGAUAAAAAUAUUAGCAAGAGGAUUUGUUUGGAAUGAAUUUACCUUUCUUCGAGAUCCAUGGAACUGCUUGGAUCUUGUCGUUAUUGUCGUAACGUAUGUUACUAUGUGCAAAAGUACAGGCAAGGUUUCAGCUCUUCGCACUUUCAGAGUACUGAGGACUUUGAAAGCUAUUUCAGUAAUACCAGGUCUGAAAGUCAUCGUAAAUUCACUUAUUGAAUCUGUUAAGAAACUUAGUGAUGUGUUGAUUUUGACUGUUUUUUGCUUGAGUAUAUUUGCCCUAAUAGGCCUCCAGCUUUUUAUGGGCAAUUUAACAUCCAAAUGUGUCCUCACUAAUACUACAUACAAUGACACAUUAUGUAAGGAUGCCAAGAUAUAUGUACCAAAUGAUGAAGGUAAAUUUUAUUCGUUUCUCCCUUUACAUAAUCUGUGUGUCUUCCUAUAUAUCUGCUACAGAAUGAAUAAAUCUUCUGAAAUACUGCUCUGUGGGUUCAGUUCAGAGCCUAACAAAGAGUGCCCAGAAAACUAUAGCUGCCAGAAGACUGGGAAGAAUCCUGACUUUGGUUAUACAAGUUUUGAUCAUUUUGGCUGGGCCUUCCUUUCUUUAUUCCGUCUGAUGACACAGGAUUACUGGGAACGUCUCUACAGACAAACUAUCCGUACAUCUGGCAAGAACUACAUUUUAUUUUUUCUGGGGGUCAUCUUUCUAUGCUCAUUUUAUCUCUUCAAUCUGAUCUUGGCUGUGGUAACGAUGGCAUAUGAAGAGCAAAAUAGAGCUACUCUUGCUGAAACAGAGGCAAAGGAAAAAUUACUUCAGGAUGCCAAACAAAUUCUGGAGAAAGAACAGAUGUUGGCUGUGGGAGAAGGUAAUAAGGCCUUACAUGUCAGAUCUGAAAUGUCAGUUGCUGACUUGAAAAAUUCAAGAGAAACAGAGAUGGAGAAAGAAAAACAUAUUUUAAGACAAAGCUUAAUUUUAGGUGACCAUGGCAAAGAGGAGCAUAUAUUUAAUUCACAGCCUGGUCACUGCCACAAGAAGCUUAGGCAGAUACUGCUGUCCUAUGAAUUGUCAGUGGACUCUAUUAAUGAUCCUUUUCGAAGACAGAGGUUAAUGAGUGCAGCCACUGUUAUUACAGAUAAUUUACAACUGCAAGAGUCAAAACUGAAAUGCCCUUCACUAUGGAAACGUUUUGCUCAAAAGUAUCUAAUUUGGAAUUGUUGUCCAUUCUGGAGAGCAGUGAAAGAGAAGGUGAAAUUGGUAAUUUUGGAUCCAUUUGUUGAUCUCUUAAUCAUGGUUUGCAUUAUUGUGAAUACGUUAUUCAUGGCUCUGGAGUACCCCGACAUGCCACGCAAUUACCAACAAAUGAUUUUUAUAAGUGACAAGGUCUUCACCCUGAUUUUUGCUGCAGAAAUGAUCUUGAAAAUCAUUGCUUUAGAUCCUUACAACUAUUUUCAGCAAAAAUGGAAUAUUUUUGAUAGCAUAGUUGUUAUGGUUGGCCUAAUAAGCUUUAAAGAAAAUCUGUCAUCUUUCAGGCUGCUCAGGAUCUUCAAAUUGGCAAAGUCCUGGCCAGCCUUAAAUACGCUUAUGAAAAUAAUUCUAAACUCAGUUGGUGCUUUGGGUAACCUCACUCUGGUUUUGGUUAUCACUGUAUUUAUUUUUGCUGUAGUAGGAAAGCAGGUUUUGGGCACUUAUUAUAAGAAUAAUUACUGUAAAAUAAACACCGAUCAGCAUUUACGCUGGCAUAUGAAGGAUUUUUGUCAUUCAUUCCUGAUUAUAUUCCGAAUAUUAUGUGGAGAAUGGAUUGAAACCAUGUGGGAAUGUAUGGAAGUGGCUGGAAAAGGGCUAUGUCUUCCCAUUUUCUUGCUGGUCCUGGUGAUAGGAAACCUGGUGGUGCUCAACCUAUUCAUUGCCUUGCUGCUGAGUUCGUUCAGUACUGACUCCUCAAUGGGACAAGAGGAAACUGGACAAGAGACUAAAUGUCAGAUUGCCAUUGCACGGAUUCACAAGGGCCUGCAAUCUGUGAAAGGCAGAAUUUUGGAUUGUUGUGGCAAAAGAAUGAAACGAAGCCUGAAAACAACAGCCAAAAAGAAGGCUUUGGUGAAAAUUUCUGCCAAAGACGUAGAGGAAAAUAACUAUGCCAUGACAGAUGUUGGAAAGUAUAUAGACAACAAUUGCUUUGACAUUGGGUAUUACAAUACUGAAGAGAGUUCCUCAAUAACAGGGAAGUAUGAAGACUUUUUAAUCAGUCGUGGUACCUGUGUUCCCAUUGCAGUAGCAGAGACUUACACCAAUGAAGGUGGUGAUAAACACAAUGUAUGCACAGAAAUAGAAUACAGAAAACAGAAAUGUGAUGCUGGUAGCUAUUCUGAAGCCAGCACUGUGGAUCCAGUUAUUCUUCUGGAGAUGUUUCCCCAGCCUGAGAAGUCACACCUACCUAAGGACUGUUUUACAGAAAGUUGUGUUGAAUGUUUCCCGUUUUGUGUAGUGGAUAUCACUAAGUUUCCAGGCAGAACUUGGUGGAAAUUUAGAAAAACCUGCUACAGAAUUGUUAAACAUAGCUGGUUUGAAAAUUUUAUAAUUUUUAUGAUAAUAUUGAGCAGCGCAGCACUGGCAUUUGAAGAUAUUCACCUGCAGGAGAGAAAAAAAGUGAAAAUGCUCCUAGAGUAUGCUGAUAAAAUAUUUACCUACAUCUUUUUUAUGGAAAUGCUUCUGAAAUGGGUAGCUUAUGGUUUGCACAGUUAUUUCACAAAUGCCUGGUGUUGGCUUGACUUCAUCAUUGUGUGUGUAAGUAUUAUAUUCAGCUUGUCUUACAUUUUGACUUGUUCCUCUGGGAGUGCGCUGAAAUCUCUCAGGACUCUUAGAGCAUUGAGGCCUCUACGAGCUUUGUCAAGAUUUGAAGGGAUAAAGGUUGUUGUGAAUGCACUCUUGGGAGCUAUCCCCUCAAUCUUGAAUGUUUUGCUCGUCUGUAUUGUCUUCUGGCUCCUAUUUAACAUUGCAGGAGUAAAAUUACUUGGAAAAAAAUUUUCGAAAUGCGUACUCAAGAAAGGAAAUAUCAGUCUAAUUGAUAACAAAUAUAAUUGUACUAUGUAUAAUGGAACAUGGAUAAAUAAUGAUGUAAACUUUGAUAAUGUUGGGAUGGGAUACUUGGCUCUUCUCCAAGUGGCAACUUUUAAAGGUUGGAUGGAUAUUAUGUAUGCAGCAGUGGAUUCACGUAAGAUAGAUGACCAGCCAAAGUUUGAAGCGUUCUUAGCCAUGUAUAUGUAUUUUGUGAUUUUCAUUAUUUUUGGAUCUUUCUUCAUGCUGAACCUUUUCAUUGGAGUGGUUAUCAGCAAUUUUAACCAACAAAGGAAAAAGAUAAGUGGAAAAGAUCUAUUUUUGACUGAGGAACAGAAAAAGUACUAUAAUGCCCUAAAAAAACUUGGAUCCAAGAAACCUCAAAAACCCAUCCCAAGACCAUUGAAUGUGUUCCAAGGAUUACUGUUUGAUAUAGUAUCACACAAAGCAUUUGACAUUACUGUUGUGACUUUCAUCUGUCUAAAUAUGGUCAUUAUGAUGGCAGAAAAUAAUAGCCAGAACGGCAUCAAGGAUGUUCUUAAUAAAAUCAACUUUUUUUUUGUGGCAGUAUUUACUGGGGAAUGUGUCAUAAAAAUACUAGCCCUAAGACAUUACUUCUUCACCAGUGGCUGGAACAUAUUUGAUUUAGCUGUUGUGGUCCUUUCACUAGUUAGUAUUGGACUUUCUGAAGGCUUUCGAACUUUGUUCUCUCCUACACUUUUGAGAAUUUUUCGUUUGGCACGAAUUGGCCGAAUCCUGAGAUUGAUUAAAAAAGCUAAAGGAAUUCGAACUCUUCUUUUUGCAUUACUGAUGUCUCUCCCUGCACUGUUCAACAUUGGCCUUUUGCUUUUUCUGGUUAUGUUCAUUUAUGCCAUUGUGGGCAUGACAAACUUUGCCUGUCUUGGCUGGGAAGGUGGGAUUGAUAACCUUUUCAACUUUCAAACCUUUGAUAGUAGCAUUCUCUGUCUCUUUCAAAUUACAACAUCAGCUGGCUGGGAUAGUCUUUUGGUCCCUCUGUUAAAAGGGCCUAAUUCAUGUGCUCCCAACUUAAAUUUAACAGAUGAACAGAAAAGCAAUUGCACAAAUAAGGAGGUUGGUAUUUUAUUUUUUGUAAGCUAUGUCAUUAUAUCAUUUCUCAUUGUUGUAAAUAUGUACAUAGCUGUCAUUUUAGAGAACUUCAGUGUUGCCACUGAAGAAAGCACAGAUCCUCUUUGUGAGGAUGACUUUGAUAUGUUUUAUGAGACCUGGGGAAAUUUUGAUCCUCAAGCAACACAGUUUAUUGAAUAUUCUGCUCUUUCAGACUUUGCAGAUGCUCUGGCAGAACCCUUACGCAUUCCAAAGCCUAAUAAAAUUCAGCUCAUAUCCAUGGACCUCCCUAUAGUUAGUGGAGAUAAGAUCCACUGCUUGGAUAUCUUGCUUGCUUUCACUAAAAGGGUCUUGGGAGAAUCUGGGGAUUUGCAUGGUCUUGAUUUACACAUAGAAGAAAAAUUUAUGGCUGCCAAUCCAUCUAAAGUUUCUUACAAGCCAAUUACUACUACCCUUAAAAGAAAACAAGAGGAGGUAUCGGCUCUUAUUAUUCAAAGAGCCUUCAGGAGGUAUUUGAAGCAGCGUUCUUUUAAAAAUAAAUCUUUCUUAUAUCGUCAUAAACAUUAUAACAGUGCUGUCUUUGAAAAUGAAACACAUGAGAAGGAAAGACUUAUUGUAUCAACACUUAAUGAAAAUAAUGGUAGGAAGCUAGAUAAAUCACGGACUACAUCUUCCAUAUCUCUCCCUUUAUUUUAUGAUGGUAUUGCUGAAACAGAUAGCAAUAACAUGGACACAUAA